AUGGCCUCGAAUGUGGUGGUAUUAUGUGAAGGCAACCGACAGGUUGUCAAGACAACUCCCACGAUGGCCUUGAAACAAAUAGUCAAUACUGUGUGUACGAAACGUAAGCUUGAUCCUGAAAAAUAUGGACUAAAAUUGAAUAAAACGAUCCUUGAUCUCUCGUUGUCCGUGCGGUUCGCUAAUUUGGCGCCUGGUGCGAAACUUGAAUUAGUACGUCUAAAUGCACCGAAAGUUCAAAAGGAGGUUACUGUUGCUCUUCAGCUUGGCGAGGAGGGGAGAUUCAUGUCAAAGUUUAUGCCCAAUACAAGUCUGUGGGACAUACUGAGUCAAGUUGAAAAGCAAUCGCCUGAUGGUUCGCUUAACAUAACACACCGAACUGCAAAGGCAACUCAGGCUAAUAAGAGCGCGUUCAAGAAACUGAUCAAGCCAGACAACACGUUAUACUACCAACAGCCCGUCUGUAUCCUUUCGAACAAUGAGUUUUCAACAAUAUCAGCACUGAAAUCUACGACACUGCAAUCUUUAGGACUUACAUCUGGUAACAUUUUAAUCCGCGUAUUAUUUAGACACACGAAUCUUACCUUGGACGAGGCCGUAGCUGAAAUUAUGGCCACUGCCGACGUUGGUGCGUCUACCGCAAAGACAUCAUCUGGAGCCACAACCUCUUCAUCUGCGCAUACGCCGAUCGCCACUCGAAUAGAAACUUCAACUACACCUUUAACUGCAUCUCCGCGUUCUCAACAACCUUCUAAAUCAACGAAUUUAUCUCAAGCGGUACGCAUGGAGACCACUGAAAUGCCUCCCACCACUGCUAAUCCACCGGCAGCGCGUUUACAGGAAGAUGCGGGUACUACCGAUAAUUUGUCGACUGAAAUUGAAGAAAAAGGAAGAGUCGAAGGAGGGGGGGAAAUGGUAGAGCCCGAAUUAUCUGGGGCGAAAGGGAUCGAGAUGCAGGGACAAAUGAAAGUUGAGAAAAAGGAGACGGAUGAAAAGAAGAAAAUGGAUGCUGCGGCAACGGAGAUCGAGACGAAGGGGAAAAUGGUAAUUGAGGAAAGUGAUAUUGAGAAUAAAGAAAAAACGGAAGGUGUGAAAGAUAAAGAAAUAGGAGAUAAUAUGGACAUCGAUGAAGAAGAGCCGAAAUUCUUUGAUAGGAACGUUAAAGUGUAUAAUCCUCCCCCGGCUAAUAUGCAAAUAACACAUAUCGAACUUCCAGAUUCAUUUUACGAACUUACACCAACAGAAUUGAAAUACCUUAUUGCAAUGCAAAAAGCAAAAAACACAGCUUUGGAGAAUGCGGUGUUGAAAACUAAGGCUGUGAGAGAACAAGAAGAAGUUGCUCGAGAACGCAAAUAUCCAAAGACAUUGAUACGCAUACGAUUUCCGGAUCGAACGCAGUUGGAAGGAUCGUUUCUGUCAAAGGAGCCUGUGGAAGAAUUGUACAAAUUUGUAAGAGAGGCAGUCAGGACACCAGCGAGAGAAUUUUACUUGUUUAUUGCUCCACCUAAAAAAGUAUUGGACGAUAUGCGGAUAAGUUUAUACAAAGCUGAAUUGUCACCUGCAUCGAUUGUACAUUUCAACUGGUCAGAUAAACAGUCAGAUGAUCCUCCCUACUUGAAUUCUACUUAUCUCCUCCUCCGUCAAGACCUUAUUCAUUCUACGGAUGAAUCAGUUCCAACCUCUACUUCAUUCAUCUCAGAAUCCGCCGAUUCGCACUCUCGUGGUUAUUCUCUAAAGGAGUCAUCGUCGCAAGUGGGCGGAAGUAAGAAAAACGAGCGCGCGGCAAGCGCAAGCGGGAGUACAAGCGGACGCACAGCCGGGAGAUCAGACGCAAGUUCAAGUGGAAGUACAACGGAUAGUAAGAAACAGCGACUUGCUAAAUUGUUCAAGUUUAUCAACAAGUAA